AUGUCCUACAUGGAAGAAGAAGACCACGGGUCCUCCCCUGAGCAGCGACUUGGUAAUCUAGAGGAAGCCAUGCAGCGAAUAGAGGGACUCCUCAACAACUUCAUAAUCGAACAGCAACAGCCUGCCCCUGUCCCUGCCCCGUCUCCGGCAGUGGGUCCAGGUGUAUUUACUGGCCAACAGGCCAGCUCGAGACCCCUCAUCCGCCCCAACCCCCCAUUCGCGUUUGACGGAGAUCGCACCCAGGGCAAGACGUUUCUCCAUUCCGUCAAGCAGUACUGGCGCCUCCUCCCUGAGGCCUUCCAUGUGAACGGGGUAGUAUCAGAAGAGCGGGUGGUACGUUUCGCCCUCUCCUACAUGUCCAAGGACUCGGCGGCCUCCUGGUCAGAACGCAUGUCAGAGCGCCUCGUCUUCCCAUUUCCGACCUGGUCCUCCUUUGUGGCCGAAUUCAAGCUCCGGUUUGUCGAGGAGAACGAGCAAGACCAUGCCCUGGCACGACUGGAGACCCACGCUUACUACAUGGGAUCCCGCGACGUGUUCAAAUACACGGACGAGUUCGACGACCUUCUCGACUUGGCGGGUUACUCUGACAACUUGGUCAAGGUCACCAAGUACCGGGCGGGUCUGGACCCCAGAAUCAAUCAGGCGAUCACGACCUCCGGUAACCCGCCUAGCCUCACAAACUACUCGGAGUGGCGUACCCGCGCAUUCCACCAGUACAACGCCGAGGUGGCUGCCCGAGCUGCACGAGGACAGGUGUUCUCUCCAUCCCGCGCUCCGCCUCCUGCGGCCCCCCGCCCUCGCCCCAUGGCUCUUCCGGUGGUCGCCCCACCCCCUGUUCCCCGACCAGCCCCGGUAGUCCUCCCACCGGGCAUUCCCAUGGAUAUCGACCGAACCCGAGCCCGCAGCAGUGUUCGUCGCACAUGCUUCCGGUGCGGCAGCCCGGGACAUCUGGCCCGAGACUGCCCGACCCCCGCUGAUGUCCGGCACACUGACGUCCUGGACGAAGUGAUCAAUCAGCUGGGAAGCGACUUAUUGGCGGAAUUAGUAGCCUGGCUAGCAACCACAGCGGCCGUAGAAGAGCAUGAAGCGGAGAUCGCCGACGAGUCGGAGCAGGGUUUUCUCCCCCGCGACAAGUGA